CAUUUUUACGGUAUUUUUACCCAAUGUUCUCCUCCUUCGUCUCGAUACCCAAAUUGUGAGCCUAAGCCCUCCAUCUGAAAAUUCUUCAGACACUUCGAAUUGAAGAUUAGCUCCAAACCUAUUCUUCCUUUAUCGAAACCGAAUUCGCCGAGGAAAUGAGUACAACGAUUUACAUGUUGUUGCGUCAUGGAUGUGGAGAAAUGGUUCUCUCUAUGUUUGAAAUCAAGAUCCCAAAAGAUGAAACAGCGGAACCUCAUCAUCUCUCUGCGAUUCUUGAAUUUCCGGAACGAGAAUAUCCCAGAGGAAUGUGCUCCGUCCAGUUGGGGUCUGAAUUCUACUUUCUUGGUGGGGAACACGACUUGGAGGAUCCCAGGGCUCCUUUUGAUCAAUGGUUGCCAAAAGAUGUGUAUAUCUUUGACCCUAUUGACGGCAAAGGUUCGAUGAAAAGGGGUGUGUCUAUGAACACCGGAAAAGUUGAUCCACGUGCAGUUGUGGCUGAUGGUAAGAUUUUUGUUCUUAGUAGCAGCAUUGCGGUUGACUUCACUCUACCUUGUUAUAACGAGAAAGGGAUGCCCGUCGAUAAUUCUAUCAGAUUCUUUGAAUGCUUUGAUCCUGAGAGCGAUAAAUGGAUGGUUCUUGAUGAUCCGCCAAUAGAUAUUCCGAUCUGGUGGCACUUCUCCUUUGUUGGCGGAAGGUUUAUUUUCUUUGUUGGCAGUGAUAGAGACAAUUUCAGGGUACUUUCAGUCUUCAAUCUGGACACCUUAGAAUGGACAUCCUCGACGAAGUUGGAGAAAGAGAAGAUUACCGCUGACGAUUUGGUCAUUUUUACUGCAGUUGGGGAACAUAGCAGCGACAAAUACCUGUAUGGUUUGCAUGGACUUAUCAACAAACGUAUCUUAAGGUUAGGGCCCUUGUCUAAUAUAGACCAAAAUCCAAGAAUGUUCAGCACCCUCCCAAUCAAGACUAUAUCAAUGACGGAACAAGUUGAAUCUUUUUAUGAGUUGGAUUGUAGCAGUUUUAUUUUGCACUUGGGGAAUCGGCGUUUCUGUUAUCUGCACUCUGGGUCUCCUCAUGGUUUUGGAUUUCCUGCUACUGUUCAAGAUGAUUACCCCCGCAAUCUUAAAUUGUUUGUCUUCGAGGAAACCAACUGCAGUGCAUCCGAAUUUAAUCCAAAAAUUGUCUAUUCUGCCAGUUUUGAGAUCAAAACUUCAUUCAUUAGUAAGGGUGAUAUCAUGAACUGCCAUAUCCUUAGCCCAGGAGAGAAGCAUGAGAGCAUGAAGAGGAAACAAGAAGAUAGCUGGAAGCAUGAGAGCAUGAAGAGAAACAAGAAGAUAACUGGAAGCAUGAGAGCAUGAAGAGGAAACAAGAAGAUAACUGACAAAGGAAUUUUGGUGGUGACCAAAUGGAGAUUGAAGCAACAAUUGGUUACAAAUAGAUCUAUUAUUUUGUGGCGGAGGCUGUAGCACAUGCUACUUCAUUCCACAUAUUGACAUACAUGCAAAUUCAUGUAUAUUUGAUGUACUCUCUUUUUAAUAUUUUGUUUUCAAGCUGGCUUUGUGUUUUAGUUGUUGCUUUGUAGGACUCUUGUCGUUGUUCCAACCAUGGAAAUGGUUUUAGUUUGAAAUUUCUUGGACUUGGAUUAAUUUAUUUUUAUUUUUAUUUUCUUGGCA